CUGCAUGAAUUCAGGGGAGAUCUGAAGCACGCGGCCUGACGAACAGUGUGACUCCACAGUUCAGGCCAUUGUAAUCGUCGUUCCCCUUGGUUUCCCACUGAAUCCCGGAACCAUGGCAUCGCGCUGGUCUCCCCUCGCCGCCGUGGCGCUGCUCGUCUGUCUGCCGCUCGCCCUCGCCGACUCGCGCGUGGACGAGCUGCGCGCGCUGCGGCGCGGCGCCAAGGACGGCGUGAUCCGCGUGACGGACGACCUCUUCGCGCAGUUCAUCCGGACGCGCGAGGCCCGCCCGUACGGGCUCUUCCUCUUCUUCGACGCCGCCAAGCUGCACGACAACCACGAGCUCAAGUUACCAAAACUUCGCAGAGAAUUCGCAUUGCUCGCCAAGGCCUACGCGAGCAAGUUCCUGGCGGGCGGCGAGGCGCCGCGUGAGGAGGUGUUCUUCUGCGACGUCGAGUACGGGCAGUCCGAAAAGGUCUUCCACUCGCUCGCCGUCAACGGGCUGCCCGCGGCGCGCUUCUUCCCGUGGGGCACCAAGUCGACGCGCGGGCAGGACGUGGACUUCCAGUCGGUGCCGCCCUCCGCCGACGGCUUCGCGCAGUUCCUCAAGGCGGCGGCGGCCGUCGACGUGGGGCCCAUCGACCGCCCGCCUAAGGUCUCCUCCACGCAGAUCCUCGUUAUUGGCGGCCUCGCUAUCGUGGCGGCGCCGUUCAUCCUGCGCUUGCUGGUGACGACGCGCACGCCGCUGCACGAGCCGGCGUCGUGGUGCGUGUUGGGCGUGGCGAUCUACUUCUUCUCCGUGUCGGGCGGCAUGUUCAACAUCAUCCGCGGCAUGCCGCUCUUCGUGCCCAACCACCAGCACCCCGGCAAGUUCACCUACUUCUACAGCGGCAGUGGCGCGCAGUUUGGCGCUGAAGGCUUCGCCGUGGGCGCGCUGUACACCGUGGUGGGGCUGCUCGUCGCCUUCGUCACGCACGCCGCGCCACGCAUCCGCAGCGGGUGGGCGCAGCGCGCGCUGGUGUUCGUGGCGAUGGGCGUGGCGGCGGGCUCGGUGCGGCAGGUGGUGCUGCUGGACCACGGCAAGCAGGGCUACUGGAUGCACGGCUUCUGGCCCAAGUGGCUCUAGCCGCCACGUCAGGCCAUGCCUCGGCUCGCCGUUUGAUACUCCCUGUUAGCUGCUCCUGCGACCUGCAUGUUUCUAGUCGUGUGGCCAAACCCUUGAGUCACCAAAGCUGUGCGAACCAGUGGAGACAAGUAGCGGCUGGGCCGCACGGACGCCUCACAUAUCCUUGCUUGCAGCACCGCGUGCAUGUGUGCAUCUGCUGCUUCACCCAGCCACACUUCAGCAUGGGGUGACCAUACAGCGAAGUGCCUCACGAGUGCAUGUGGCGUAUGCUCUGGGCAUUAUAUACUAACAGACUAGAGCACUUAGGGAAUUUGGUAAGCGCUUAUAGUUGUGGUAAAAUCGUACUUCUGUAAGUUGUCUCGAUAGAUAUUGUCAAGUUACACUGUUGUUAGCAUCUGUAGAAUGACGUCAGCAAACAGCGCUCGUCUGGAUGGUAACGUCAGC